UCCCGGGCCGCACAGGGAAAGAAACGGGGGGUGGGGAGGAGACAGACUCAGGGAAGGAAUGGCAGCUCAAAUUCCAAUUGUGGCCACCAUUUCCACUCCGGGGGUAGCCCGGAACAGCAAGAAGAGGCCAGCCAGUCCUUCCCACAACGGCAACAACGCUGGGGGUUAUAGCGCCAGUAAGAAGAAAAAAGUAUCGGCUUCUAACUUUGCACAGGGUAUCAGCAUGGAAGUCAUGAGUGAGAAUAAAAUGGUGUCCUCUGAUUUUAGCACAGGACCUAUGGAAAAAGCUGCCAAACCUUUGCCAUUUAAGGAUCCCAAUUUUGUGCACUCUGGCCAUGGUGGAGCAGUAGCUGGCAAGAAGAACAGAACCUGGAAGAACCUGAAACAAAUUCUCGCUUCGGAAAGGGCAUUGCCAUGGCAACUGAAUGAUCCUAACUAUUUCAGUAUUGAUGCUCCUCCAUCUUUUAAACCAGCUAAGAAGUAUUCUGAUGUUUCAGGUCUUCUUGCCAAGUACACAGACCCCCAGAGCAAGCUGCGGUUCAGCACCAUUGAGGAGUUUUCCUAUAUUCGGAGGUUGCCGUCUGAUGUAGUUACUGGCUAUCUGGCCUUGAGAAAGGCCACAAGCAUUGUUCCUUGAGCCUUGAGAAAUGGAGACCAAGUGGAAAACUGUUUCAAAGGCAGACAUUGGAUUCAUGAUUUUGUUUGAUGGAAACAAACUCAUUCUGCUGUCAAUCUGGAAAUGUCAAGUGCUGUGCCUUGGAAAGAAUGUUUGGCUUUAAUCUAAGGGUGUUUUUUCUCUGUUUUCCCUCCAAGUGUGAUAUAUCCUGUUGAAUUAAACUUCAGUUGUUGCCUCAAGUAAAGUUGUUUAACAAGAA